CUUGGCCUGAAUAUUCUUUACAAUGUUCAAGCAAGUAGGCAAAUCCGCCAACUCCCGCUUACUUCGGAGGCUACACUCCCAUGCAUCCUCUUCUGGGUCCAGAAAAGUUACACGAGCAGCCAUUGGCGGAUCCAUACUCCUUACCUCUGCAGCACUCGCCGGAAGUCAGCUCUCAGACGGGUUUAAAAUAUACAACGAUGCAGACCUUAUAUUCGAGAAGAAGAAAACUCCGAAGGAGAUCGAGAUUCCGGCAGUAGAGGAUAAGGAUGGGAAGCUCAGGGCAGUCGUGUGGGGGUCGAAUAGGAAUCACGUUCUUCUUCCGGAGGAUGCUACAGAGUCAAUACGCACGCCUGCAACGGCCGCGUUCCUCGAGAAUGUCGCAUUACGGGACUUGGCUUUGCAUGAGACGCAUGCAGCUUGUGUGGAUGCGAGAGGCGAUAUCUAUCAAUGGGGAGAUGGCUUCUAUAACUCUUCCAGCUCUGAAUCACAAUCACAAAAUAGAGGGCCAAAACUCACGUUGAGCGGGAAGAACAUCACACAAAUAAAACUGACCGACUCUCGCGUCUUUGCCCUUUCUUCAUCCGGAAAAGUUUACGUCCUCUCGUCACAAUCCGAGAAACAAGCGCCUCACCCAGGUCUUCCGACGCCCGGGAGCUCACCGUGGUGGGGCACAGGUUGGAUAUGGGCCGAGGAAAUAGGGGUGGACUUCAUUGAAGUCGUUCCGGCAGAAUCACUCUCGUGGGGUGAAAAAUUCGUGUCAAUAGCAGCAGGAAGGGAUCACCUCCUCGCUCUGACCUCCUCUGGUCGUACCUUUGCCCAUCCUAUCGACAAAGACGCAAACAGCCACGGCCAACUCGGUUUCCGUAAAUUCGACAUCGCAGACCCAUCGUCCUCCACCUCUCUAUCCCGCUUGCACGUCGAGCUCAUCCCCAAAUCUGCCGUUGACCCGUAUGCGAACAAGGCAAGAUACAACAGACAGACGCGCGGCAAUCAAUGGUUUGAAGCUGCACCUCCGUUGAACGCAGAAGAUGGAGCUUCAUCGUCGGCUCCGACGCCGAGAGACAUGUUGCUGCCUGUAUCGGAGAACCUGAUGGGCGUGAACGACGAGCCCAUAAGGUUUUGUGAUAAGUUGUUCGAAGUACCAAGUUUGAAGGGCGUGAAAAUCGAUCAAAUUGCGGCGGGUGCACGGAGUAGUUACGCGAAGACGGAUUCAGGGAGAGUACUUGGAUGGGGAGCGAACGAGUAUGGACAGAUCGGCCUAGGCGGUACUGUCACCCUCGACACUGUCAACAUCCCCACCGAAGUCGUCCUAUGGCGCUCCACCUCAGGAAACACACAGACAAAAUGCAUAGACCUCAACGCAGGCGGCAAUCUCGCGUUCUUCACCGUCGAGCGCAUCGACGGGACAGGUAUCCCGACGAUCGAGCUGCUUUCGUGUGGGAACGGACAGUAUGGGGGCUUGGGGAACGCGAUGUACAGUAAUGCGCAGGGUGUGCCGGUGAGGACGAAGAACGUUAGUGGGUUACUAGAAUAUUCGGAAAAGACAAAUAACCUCCAACCCAUCCCUCCAUCCUCACUCUCCAUCUCUUCCGACGGUCACGUCCUCCUCACACUGGAUACGCUCCUCCGUUCCGGUCCCUCUUCCUCUCCCUCUUUUACAAGCACCACACCCACAACAGGCCAAGACCUCUUCGUCUGGGGCACAAACUACGACUACCAGCUCGGCACGGGCAAACGCACUUCGAGCGCCGUGCCCGUCAACUUGACGCGAGGGGACGGGAACAGGUUUAUGUUGAUGAGGACGAAGGCUGCGGAAGUGAGGGAUGGGAGUGGGAGGGUCUGGAAGAGGGGGGUGAAUGUGGAGCAGGUGGCGGUGGCAGGGGUUGGUGGGAGUGCGGUUUAUUGGAGGAUAUAUCAGUGAGGCUGGGAUGUGAAUGUGACGGAUUGGUGAUGCUAGAGAGGACCUGGUUGGGGGAACCUGCACGGUGAGGCGUGGUGGUGAGGGGCUGGUGAUGGAAGGCAUGAAGCGCCCGUCCGUGCGUGCCGUCAGGUUUUUCUGACUAUCACGCAUUCUAUUCUAUACUUCUGCACGAGUACUUCUCGGUCGGGACGUCAUCAGUGUAUCAUUAGUUCCCAUUAUCUUUAUCAACCCAGCUCAUUUACUUCUCAGGAUCGAAUAUGCAUGUCCUGCGCGUGGUGCAGAGUUCUGAUACCCCCGUGCUUUUGUGGCGCCUGCAUGGAAGCGCUCUAACAAGAUUGCGGACACCGGCCGUCCAACAUUCGGCAUCCAGACUGCUCUGUCUGGCCCUCAAAUUGCAUUAGGUCGGUCACCGAGAUCUGAUGUGCGUGUUCAACUGAACCACGUCGUGAAGUUACUCCCCACGCCUAAGAUCGUAUUCGCGAUCUCCCUCGCCACGAUCCUAUCCGACUGUUCCGAAGGGUGUAGCUCAUCGUACCAGACGAAACUGUCUCUAUCCGUCCCAUUCGCG